AUUCAUCACCACGAAAAGUCACCGCAAGAACGAGCAAAGCGAGCCUCAUCAGUCAGCAACAAACAUUCUACUGAGAAUCUCUCUGGCUUGAGUGAGCUUAAUGUCCCUUCGCCGAUUCAAAACGGCGAUGAAACCGGUUGGCAUCGGCGACAUACACUCGAAGAAAACAUCGAAGCGAUGUCACGUGGCGAAGAUCCAGACGAUGAAGAGGACCAAGAAGACGGCCUCAGACGCAACCAUACUUUUCAAGAGAAUAUUCAAUUAGCAUGGGGACUUAGCCAAGACUUGCGCCGCCGAUCUCAAGAACUCCGACGUAUCUCC